CGCGUUCUUUCUUCAACUGAUGAACAAAAUUCUUUUCACUUAUUGGCAGUUACAACGUAAUUGCAGUCCGAAGCAAUUUGGUUACUUCUGACAGCUAUUGACAUUUUAAAGACUUCCUCCAACGAUUAUAAUCGUCUAUCUAUGGCAAUUAUUGGAAUGUGUCAAGUCGCUUGAAUGACAUCGUCAUGGUUUUUGUGAUUUGUUUUCCACCAUUCAGCGUUGUGAAAUAUGUAAAACAGUGCAAAUGGCAUCAGUGUACAAAUAUAUGUCACUAUUGCGACGGCCAAAGAAGAUCAUCAAACUUCCGCCGUCAAUUUACUCAUUGACCCCACCAUGUUUGAACGAAAUAUUUGAUUACUUGUCAUUGAAAGAACUGCAUUCAUUCGGUGUGACGUGUAAGAAAUUUCAAAAAAUUGCCGGCGAGUAUUUUCAGAGGACGUAUCGAUCGACUGAGCUUCGUUGUGCAUUCGAUGGUAUUUAUGCAUGUUCAGAUGUUUCGUGUAACGGCCAAGUGAGCGGAUUCAAUCAGUACAUCGAGCACGUAUCAAUUCAUGGGAAUCGCAUUGCGGACGAAGAGCUCGAUAUUUUCAAUUACAUGAAGUUGAAUUGCAAUGAAUCGCUGCGGAAGUUGCAAUUACUUGAUGUUGCCAUCACAAAGCGAAUGGUGAAAAUGCUUCGGAAAAAUUUGAAAAAAAUCGAAGUGCUAGAGAUUGAUUCAUGCACCAUGAAUGGGAAAUUGCAUCGUGAUUUAUUAAGAUUUUGUCCAAAUUUGAAGCGUUUGAUUGUACGACGAUUUGGUGGCAACAUAAAAUGGUUGAAAAAAGUCUAUCCGAAACUUGAACACUUGGAAAUCUAUCAAAUUGGCUUCAAAGUGGAUCAAUUGAAAAAGUUUUUCGAUCGAAAUAAAACCAUUCGAUCAUUUUCGGUGGACGCAAAUUGUCUAUGGCAAAAUGAGGAUUCGAUUUUAAACGCAAAUGUUAAACUGGACGAUUUAAUUGUUGAUAUUUAUGGUUGGGAAUUUCGCAUCGAUUCGAUUAUUAGGCUACUGAAUAGGUUGUAUGAACAAAAUUUUUAUAAACAUUUACACCUGUACGCUCCAUACACAGAUCAACCGACCACCGAACAAAUUGCUGCACUUCAAGGUCUUUACAAAUUAUACCUAACAAAUUAUAUUGCCUAUGCCAUUUUUCUACCUCAUCUGAACGAUCUGCGGGAGCUGAGCUUACGCUCGUGUCCCGAAUUCUUUGAAACGGAAAUUUUGGCCGCAAAAUUUGUCAGCCUCCAAUGUGUUUUCUUCGAACAGGCCAAUCUAAGCGAUAUUUUGCCAUUCGUUCAUCGUUUGGUGAAUUUGGAAAAAAUCAAUGUCGAUCAUUUUAAAAAUGAAGAUAAAUCCAAUCUCAUAGUUGAUCUACAAACGAUGAAUGAUGAACGCGAAAAACUUUUCGGUGCACAUAAAGUUACCAUUUUUGUGGAGGAAAACGUUUACUUGUACACAAAAUGGGCCAUGAAAUCGACUAAUCUGACUUUUGUCGAAUUGAAACGAAGUGAAUCAUACGAAUGGAGUCAUCAUUUUGAAUACAGCCACCGCAGCUGUUAAUAAAUUCCCCUGCAUAUUCUCUUUUUAAAAUAAUCAUUUUCUUCAGUAAUAUUUGAUUAGUCAUACGCUUGUGAAUUCUUACUUGUAAUCAACAAAUUGUUUUUGUAUUUAAAUGUUUGUAAAAAUAAAUUUUAUUUGUCA